CAGAAAGAAUUUGAAAAACCAAACGAAGGUGUUCUGAGAAACAGAGAGAAGAAGGUGCCAGAAAAAUAUGGAAGAAGUAGUAUUAUUGGUUGAUGAUUUGAAAUUACUUUCCGGGAUUCCUCGCUGCAGAAUAUGUCACGAAGAAGAAUUUGAGAGCCCCGAAAGUCUUGAAGCUCCCUGUGCUUGUUCUGGGACCAUUAAGUUUGCUCACAGAGAUUGCAUACAGAGAUGGUGCAACGAGAAAGGAAACACAACUUGUGAAAUAUGUCUUCAGCAAUAUGAAGCUGGCUAUACGGCAGCCCCAAAGCAAUCUCAGAUAGAUGACGCGGCUAUGACAAUCAGAGAUAGCCUGCAAAUUCCAAGGGAUGACGAACCGUUAAGCUCAAGAUUAGAGGGUAGUGACGAAGGAGCCACAACAGAAGGAGAUUACUCCGAGUGCACGUCUGCGGCUGAUAGAACCGCAUCUUGCUGCCGAUCACUGGCUUUAUUUUUCACCCUCGUUUUGCUAUUGAGACAUCUUUUCGUAGUGCUCACAAAUACAAAGGAAGAUUACCCAUUUUCACUUUUUACGGUCUUUCUACUAAAAGCAAGCGGGAUCAUUCUACCCAUGUACAUAAUCAUGUGGGCUAUUGGAGGCAUGUAUGGCAGUAUUCAACGUCACUACCAGGAUUUUGACAACGACACAUCAAUAUCCGACAGUGAAGAUGAAGAGAGUGAACUGAUGCACGAUGCCAUUGUUGCACAUCAAUAAAAGUGGUCUUUCGCUUUCAUUUGUAAUGGAGCAUUGUGCCGAUGCUCGUGUUGCCAUAUUCUUCCAUUGUUUUAGGCAUAGCUUUUAAUUAAGGCAAUGAUUAAAUUCAUAUUCAAUUGUA